UAAUGAUCUGGGCUUACCACGAAGUCUUACAUCCGAUCCAUUUUUGAUAACGAAUAUCUACCUGGAAUGUAAAACAUUUUUGGAGUUUGAAGACUUGCAAAGCUUUUUCACAUUUUAAAGCACCAUUGUGAUGUCAUUGGAAACUGUGUCAAACAGACAUCUCAUGUCACGUGACGACUUGGAUGACGUCCACCUUGUGACUGGAGGUGGUGGCUACACAGGAUUCAAACUCGGAAGACGGCUAGCAGAAAUUGGGAAGAAAGUCAUCUUAGUCGAUAUUGUGCCUCCUAAAUGGCCAUUGAUACGUAACAUGUCUUUUGUACAGUGUGAUUUAACAAAGGACCAAGCCGUAGCGUCAGCAUUAAGAGGAGCGGAUUGUGUAUUUCACCUAGCCUCGUAUGGAAUGUCCGGCAAGGAGCAGUUUAACGCUAAACUCAUUGAAGAGGUCAAUAUAAAUGGGACUGAAAACGUCAUUCGCGCAUGUCUACAGCACGGCAUUAGACGUUUGGUGUAUACAAGUUCUAACAACGUCGUAUUUGGUGGUCAGGAAAUACGUAACGGGAAUGAAUCUCUACCAUACCCGCCUUUAGGAAAGUUUUUAGAUCAUUACUCGAAAACGAAAAGAAUUGCAGAACAAAUAGUACUUGAGGCAGACAAGGAAUGCUUACUCAGAACAUGUGCACUCCGGUUGGGUGGAGUUUAUGGAGUAGGCGAGCUACGUCAUAUACCAAGAGUAGUGAACAUGGCGCAGACAGGGGUUAUCCAAGCUCUCUUCGGUGCCGAGUCUUUGACGGACUUUUUACAUGUGGACAACAUGGUUCAGGCCCAUAUUCUAGCUGCCAAGGCACUUACCAAAGAAGAAAGCCAUAAAGCAGGAGGACAAACUUAUUUCAUAUCAGACGGUGCUCCCAUUAACACCUUCUCAUUCUUCCGCCCGCUUAUAGAAGGGUUGGGUUACUCACUACCGAGACGCCAAAUCCCAAUCCGACUGAUGUGCUGUAUUGCAUGGGUGAUCGAAAUGAUACACUUUUUAGUAUCUGGAAUAUACGACUUCCAGCCUGUUUUAACGAGAAUGGAGGUGUACAAAAUGGGCGUCACCAAUUACUUUUGCAUCAAGAAAGCGUCACGUGAUCUUGGAUACAAACCAGUCAAACAGAAUGAAAUUUCGGAUGUACUAGGCGACUUGGUAAAGCGAGGUUUCCGAAAGAAGCAAAUGAAAACUUCAUUGGUUUUUCGAAUGAAUUGGUUUGCCAAUAUUGUUAUUACUGUGAUAUUUACUUCGUUUGUGUUGUCCUACAUUCCAUUGUGGAACUUGUCAACAUUUGAGAAAGCCACGUUAAGUGUGAUUCUUGACAAAUAGAGCAAAUGACCGAAAAAUAAAUAUUUCGCCAAACCAGCAAAACUAUGUGGAGGCAGAAUAUGUGGUGUGCUUUCAUUCAACAACUGGUAUUUUCUCUCCGCUUUCUCCACAAAAAUAAUGCUAUACAAUAUGUACAUGUAUUAAGUACUUCGUAGAGGGAAUUUUCAUCUUAUCAACUUUUCAAAUGCACUGUGUCAUUGAUUGAUAUAUCAUUUCAAAGAGUAUUUGAAAUUCUUGAUCAACAAUUAACAAUUGCAAUAAUAUGUAAUGAUCACACAAAUUAAAUAAUUAAAUAAAAAUCCCCCUAAAGUUGAACUGUAAUGACGUUGGUGAAAGUGAUCGAUGCUUUGCUCUCGUAACAAACAACACACCCAAAGCAAAAUUAUGACAUCACUUUCCAUAAACAAGAGGUCAGCGGUCCACAACGCACAUCUGAGUCACCUUGACCUUGCUGUUUUCAGACAAAAGAUUUUUUUAAUGAUCUUUACCUUCUGUAAUCAAAUUAAUUUUUUAACCCAUAUUAUAACCUAGGUUCAUGGGGUUAUGACUUAAUUGAUCCAGACAACAUGGGGAUGCAUGCAAUAUUACGAAUUCUGGACAUUUUUGUUUUACAGAUUUUAAAGACUGGCUCCUUGUGUAAUGUAAACUUUGAUCACUAAUUUUAACCCCACCCUAAUCCCAAGUUCAUGGGGAAAAUUGAAUUCAGGGUUUUUGCAAAUUGGUUUGAUUUAUGAAUAGUGUGGCUCUGCUACUCUUCAAAAUAUUUUAAGCACCGAGCAUAGGCCAAAAUUUUCAGCCCUUCACCGGCAAAAGUGGCGUCUCCAUAUGAGUGAGAAGAAUUUUUAAAGAUACCACCAUAUUUUCACUAUUUCUUAAUUAUUUCCCCUACGUAUGAACAAUUCUGAAUAGUUAAUCCAAAGAUGUUUAACGGAAAGUUUGGUUGAAAUUGGCUAUGUGGUUCUAGAGAUGUCAAAAAUGUGUACAUUUCACUGACAGACGCCAUGUGAUCAGGAAUAGCCCAGUCAAGCUACAUGUAAAAAACGAAACCCGAAACUUUGUCAAGCUUUUAUGUCUCUUGUAUCAUGACGCAGAACGUUUUUUAAAAUAAAUGUUAUGAAAUG